AUAACACGGAAGUGCGCUGUUUACUGAAGCAAGUAGAUCAUGGAGAACGUAAGCUAGUGAGGCUGAUGCUGUUUUAGUUAAACAUAAUAUAAGCAGAGAAAAGCAGUCCACCUAUUCAGUGUUCCCAAACAGUCUGCAACAGAAUGAUCGACGAUUUCGAGAAACAGGAAGUUCGCACCAGCGGGGAGCUGUGGUCCCAAAUAUGUGGUCCCAGUCAGCCGGAGAUGCAGACUGAGACCUCCUCAGACCACAACACUGAAUUUCAAGACUCCUUCCAGCCAGAAGCACCAGUACGAGCACACGUUAACGGCCAGUCUAAUGGAACCAGCAACACCAAUACCAGUACUAAAUGGGAGCCCAUGGAAGACUCUGAGACUUACAUUGCCAGUUUAGAGAACCGACUGAAGAAACUGAAGGGUCAAUCCAGUGACGUCACCUCUAGGGACAUGCUACGCUCCUUGUCUCAAGCCAAGAAGGAAUGCUGGGAUAGAUUCCUGCACGAUGCACAGACCUCUGAGCUUUUCCAAAGCAGUGACAUGGAUGAGAGCGCCCUUGAACACUUCAAGAGGUGGUUGGUUCCAGACAAGGUGGCCAUCAGUGCAGAGGAGCUGGAGUUUCUACUGAGACCGUCUCAGACGAAGGAGCACGGCCAAGUGGACCAGCAGCAACAAGAGGCAGAGGAGAAGGGGGAGGAGCAUCACCAUGAUGAAGAUGACCCUCAGAGCCCUGAGAAAUAAGACUGAAAUGCAACACUAACAAAACAAACAAUAUGGUGUUAUGUUACUUUUCAUGUCUGUGCUAUUCAACCUUUUUUUUUUUAACAUCACAGGAGUUGUUGCCGUAUAACAUCACAUUUCCACUGCUAUCAUGCCGUCAAUCAUCUCCCUGUAAGUCACGUUGUAAAAAAAAAAAAAAAAAAAGAUUCAAAGGAGCAUCAGCGUUGUGUCAUGUGACAAACGCUUUAGCACUUUCUGCGGCAGCUGUGACAUUUGAUGCAUGUUGCACUUGUAUGCCAAAGCCGCGGUGGGCUUAAAUGUCAGCGGCAGUCAAACACCGUUGGCGACGCAUGUAAAAUGAUGGGAAAAUAUGCUCUGCAGUACUGUGAAUAAAAUUGGAUUCAUUUGCGUCUGCCACACCGGUGACUGGAUCAUGUUUGAUGUGUUUCUGCCUCAUCCAAGAGAGGAGAAAUAUUUUUAAAUGACAAAACUGUAAUUUGGGCUGACUUUUUACAAACCUGGAGGCCUCUUGGGCUAAAGCUGUGUGGACAAAAGCUGAUCGGUCAACUUUAGCUAAGUUAACUAUACAAAUUUUCAAAUUAUAUAAAUUGUAAUAUAAAUUAUAUCAUAUCCUUUAUCAUUAACUAGCACAAUAUAAACAGUGAUUAAGCUAUAUUACAAAUUUUGAUACUUUAUAUCAGAUACUUUAUCAUUAAUUAGCACAAUGUAAACAGUGAUUAAGCUAUAUUACACAUUUUGAUACUUUAUAUCAUAUACUUUAUCAUUAACACAAUAUUAACAGUGAUUAAGCUAUAUUACAAAUUUUUAUACUUUAUAUCAUAUACUGUAUCAUUAAUUAGCACAAUAUAAACAGCGAUUAAGCUAUAUUAAUGUUUUUUGUGGUAAUUCUGAGCUAAAUUAUUGGCCUUAUUGAAAAUUGACAACACAAGUUAUUAUAGGCUAAACAAGAGGGUGAUACAGUAUGUGUACUUUUUGGCUACAGGGCCCCCUUGUGGACAAGUGUGUUCACUCACCACAAAAAUUUUGUUAUAUAUUAUAUGUGAAAUUAAAUUCAAUGAUUUGACAGAAAACUAUCAGUAAAUGUAAUAUAUCUGUUAUAGUUUUCUUAAUAGUGAGAAGCUAGAAUGAAGACCUUUUGACUAGGGAGCCCCUUGUGGACAACAGCAGAUUCUAUACCUGGCAACCUCUCGAGCAUAAACUAUAAAAAUCAAUUUACUUCAAUCACACAGGCUUGAUUGCAAACUUUUUUUUUGCUCUCUUAAUAAUAAAAAGUUACAUUUAAAAACGGCAUUUUGUGUUUGACUAAUCUUUAAACCUGUUUGUUGACCUGAAACACUGAAGUGUGACAAAUAUGCAAUAAAUAAAUAAAUAAUUAUAAUACUCAGGA